AGCGCAGGAGUGAGCUGGGUGACAGAUCUCCAUGCCCCUGGAAUUUUAUUACAACCUUAUCUCACAGCCCUGUUGGGCUAUCUGGAUCUUUUUGAAGCUGAGGGGUAUACCCUACACAGGAAGGCAUGUAAAUGUGUUGACAGAUUACCUUAAAUCUGAUGAAUUUUCCAAAGUGAAUCCAAGGCAGCAAAUUCCAGUGAUUGUGGAUGAUGGCUUUGUUCUUACAGAGAGCACUGCUAUUAUGAAAUAUCUGGCUGUACGAUACAAUGCACCUGACCACUGGUACCCUGCAGACGUGAGGAAACAAGCAAAAGUGGAUGAAUACCUGGCUUGGCAUAACUUGAACACCCGUCCUUUUGCCAUGAAGGUCUUCCACAUGGAGGGCCUGCUGACUAAGCUGACAGGUGAACCAGUGUCCGAGAAAGCUCUGUCCACAGCAGUUGAAGAACUGGAGGAGACCCUCUGCUUGCUGGAGAAAACAUUCCUUCAAGAGAAGAACUUCCUAUGUUCUGAUGACAUCACCAUUGCCGAUGUCAUGGCUAUAUGUGAGCUGAUGCAGCCUUUAGGUGCAGGCCGGGAUGUUUUCAAGAAGUGGCCAAAACUCCAGGCAUGGAAGGAGAAAGUUGAAGAUGCAGUGGGAAGGCAACUGUUUAUGGAGACCCACAAGGAAAUAUAUGAGAUGCCACAAGUGGUGGGGCCAUUUCCACAGGCCACUGCCUUGAUAAAGUUUGUCAGGAAGAUUACUGGACUGACAGCCUAAAUCAUCACGUUUACAUACAUCAAAUGCUCAAAUUUUAAAAUGGUUUUACUUCUUCUGUGUCUAUUAAUUACAUAUCCUGUUAUAAUUAUUAUUAAUUGUAUAGCUAACCAUUCCUUGCUUCUGAUAUUAACAUAACUCAGUCACAGUAAGUGCUGCAUGUAAUGAACAGGAUGGAAAUUGUGAAAACAGUGUCCUUCCAUCUCACUUUAAUGAGGAUGGUAUAGCUAUGGAUGACUUGUUUAAAACCGCUCUUAGCAUCUUUCCUCCUUAUCACCAACUACUCUUCCCUUUAUAUGUCCAAUUUAAACUAACAGUUAAAUGGGACAGAGGGGUAAUCAUUUAGAUUUGUCCUCCUUCUUACUCACACUUAUACAUGUAUGCUUGUAUACCACAACAAAUUAAAAGCCCUGGAAAUUUGGAACCACUCAUUUUAAAAUGCUCCUAUGGCCACAAGAAAGUUUUUUCAACCUACAUUUGGGGAGUUUUGUCCCCAGAAACUCCAUAAUAUAAUCAUCUCCAGGGUUGCAUAAAACCUUUAAAAGGCAGCAGUCCAAAAUAGUCAAGACUUCUGGCAAGUUGUGAAAGCUGUAAUUUCAACAAGUUAAAAAUCUUCCCAAACAUUCUCUGUUUUAUGUGUGUGUUUGUGUAUAGGGGUGUGUGUGUGUCUGUGUUUCUGUUUGUGUGUGUGUGUCUCUCUGUCUGCGUUUAAAUAUAAUAUCCUAUCAUUGUGUCAAUCAAAUAAAUGACUGACCCCAAAUGUUGAAACACAAAAACAAAAAUACCACAAAACAACCCUUUAAUCAAUAUUUAUGGGGAGCAAGUCUCCCCCAGACUCCCACACCCCCUGCUAAUUAUAUUUACCAACUCUGAGAUUGCACUACAGUGGAGAAAGGGCUAAAACCCAUUAAUUGGCUUAGGUUUUGGUGUUGUUCAAAUAUGGGUACAAUAUUAGUCAGCCUGGGAAGAUAUGUUUGACAGAAGACGAUGCUUCACCGGGGAUGGUCUGCUUCUGUACCCUUUAGGCUUUUGAAUAUUGGCUGAUACCUUGUUCACACCCAUAGUGCCUUUUUAAGGGAUUGCCAUCUGGAUAAACUAUUGUACAGAACUAUACCAACGUAUGAAAAUACAAAGGUUUUACUACUCAAUGCCAGGAGUCUAAACAAGAAACUCCACUCCCUGCAAGAUCUUCCUAUCCUGGAGAUCGUAGAUGUCUAUGCGGGUACUGAUACAUGGCUUAAAGCCAAAGAGAGCACCCCAGCAGUGCAGGACUAUAAUAUCUUCCACUCAUUUAGGCCAGCUACUGCACAGAAAGAGACAAGAGGUGAGGGUGUUUCAAUUUACAGCAAAAACAAGUACACCUGAAGCAGUAUGAUGCACCUGAGCUUCUCUACAUACACCUCACCAUAAACAAAGAUCCUUGCAAUUUCUUUAUGAGCUAUAGGUCCCCCCUCUAUGACAAAGGAAACCCAUGCCACUUACUUAAAUAAACUUGAGUCACUGACCAUUCAACUGAACACCAUAGCAGUGGAGGACUUCAACUACCCAGCUAGAAAGUGGAAAUCAUACAUGAUCUCAAACUUGCAGAUUCUUGGACUUUGUUAACAUGACUGUCUCAGGCCAGGUAGUCCAUAUGUACUCGGGAACCAAUAUCCUUGACCUAGUCCUCACCAAUAAGGAAUGUUGCAUCCCCCCUCCACCAGAGUGUAAUUUCCUCACUAAUCAGGUCAUGACAUAAAACUGUCUCAUUUAAAAUAAAAAUAAAACCUGGAACACUAGGUAACCCUGUAACUUUUUCAAGGCAAAUUUCCUACUUUUAAAUGAAAGACUCCAAAAACAUGUCACCCUGGUAGAAUCCCACCAUCAAUAGAUGGUAUAACAAAAGGAAGAACAUCAUGGCCAAAAACAGAAAUUGUAAUGCCCAGCAAGGUAAGAACUCCCUCACCAAACUAAAUAAAAAAUGCAGGGGAAUAAUUAAGUUUUUCAAAGACAAAUCUGAGGUAAAACUAGCCUCCAAGGCUGACAACCACAAGGCAUUCUUCAUCAAUGUCUGCAGUAUCAAAGGCAGUGCACAGCAAUGUGAUGAAAUAAUUGUAAAGGGAGCCACCUAUACUCAGCCAGAUGAUAUGAAAACAACUAUGUCUGCAGUAUCAAAGGCAGUGCACAGCAACGUGAUGAAAUAAUUGUAAAGGGAGCCACCUAUACUCAGCCAGAUGAUAUGAAAACUAUGUCUGCAGUAUCAAAGGCAGUGCACAGCAACGUGAUGAAAUAAUUGUACAGUGAGCCACCUAUACACAGCCAGACAAUAUGAAAACAACUAUGUCUGUAGUAUCAAAGGCAGUGCACAGCAAUGUGAUGAAAUAAUUGUAAAGGGAGCCACCUAUACUCAGCCAGAUGAUAUGAAAACUAUGUCUGCAGUAUCAAAGGCAGUGCACUGCAAUGUGAUGAAAUAAUUGUAAAGAGAGCCACCUAUACUCAGCCAGAUGAUAUGAAAACAGCUAUGUCUGCAGUAUCAAAGGCAGUGCACAACAACGUGAUGAAAUAAUUGUAAAGGGUGCCACCUAUACUCAGCCAGACAAUAUGAAAACAACUAUGUCUGCAGUAUCAAAGGCAGUGCACAGCAACGUGAUGAAAUAAUUGUAAACGGAGCCACCUAUACGCAGCCAGACGAUAUGAAAACAGCUAUGUCUGCAGUAUCAAAGGCAGUGCACAACAACGUGAUGAAAUAAUUGUAAAGGGCCACCUAUACUCAGCCAGACAAUUUGAAAACAACUAUGUCUGCAGUAUCAAAGGCAGUGCACUGCAAUGUGAUGAAAUAAUUGUAAAGAGAGCCACCUAUACUCAGCCAGACGAUAUGAAAACAACUAUGUUUGUAGUAUCAAAGGCAGUGCACAGCAAUGUGAUGAAAUAAUUGUAAAGGGAGCCACCUAUACUCAGCCAGACGAUAUGAAAACUAUGUCUGCAGUAUCAAAGGCAGUACACUGCAAUGUGAUGAAAUAAUUGUAAAGAGAGCCACCUAUACUCAGCCAGACAAUAUGAAAACAGCUAUGUCUGCAGUAUCAAAGGAAGUGCACAACAACGUGAUGAAAUAAUUGUAAAGGGUGCCACCUAUACUCAGCCAGACGAUAUGAAAACAACUAUGUCUGCAGUAUCAAAGGCAGUGCACAGCAACAUGAUGAAAUAAUUGUAAACUGAGCCACCUAUAC